UGAGAAGAACUAAAAACAGCGUGGAAAGUUAUGACGCAGUCCGCUCUGUUUCUAGUUGAACCAUAUCCGGCGGUUGGAACUUGGAAGGGUAGUUAAGUAUUUAAAAUAUUGAAACUACCGAAGUCUCCACCAACGUAAUCUCUCUCUUGGGGCACCCAUCGUGUAUACUUUAGAUUGACUUCAAUUUUUGAAAACAACACUACACUGAUAGUAUCAAAAUGGAGAAGAACGAAGAAGUUCCCGUCUUCUGGUUCGAAACCUCUAACUCUGUUUGUCGUCGACACCACUUUCAAUCCGACGGUCAACUCUCCGUAACUCUUGUUGAUGAUUCCAGACCGUUAUAUCAAAAGGUUGCUGGAUCUUUCAUGAACAAAUUUUUCCCCUCCGGAUAUCCUUACAGCGUGAAUGAAGGUUAUCUUAGAUACACGCAAUUUCGAGCAGUGCAGCAUGUUACUAGUGCUGCAAUGUCAGUGCUAUCAACUCAGUCACUAUUAAUUGCUGCAGGGUUGCGGCCCACUCCUGCACAAGCAACUGCUGUUAGCUGGAUUUUAAAGGAUGGGAUGGAACAUGUCGGGAAGCUAAUAUGUAGCAAUUGGGGUGCAAGAAUGGAUUCUGAGCCUAAACGAUGGAGGUUACUAGCUGAUGUGCUCUAUGAUUUAGGCAUGGGCUUGGAAGUGCUUUCUCCGUUAUGCCCACAUCUUUUUCUUGAAAUGGCAGGCCUAGGAAAUUUUGCAAAGGGGAUGGCUCUUGUUGCAGCUAGAGCAACACGAUUGCCUAUAUAUUCUUCAUUUGCUAAAGAAGGAAAUCUCAGCGACCUAUUUGCUAAAGGGGAGGCUUUUUCAACUCUAUGUAAUGUUGUUGGACUUGGAAUUGGAAUUCGAUUAGCUUCUACUAUCUGUGCAUCAGUGCAGGGAAAGUUGGUUGUAGUUCCUCUCCUUUCAUUUAUACAUAUAUACUCUGUGUCUGAAGAGAUGAGAGCAACUCCUAUCAAUACUUUGAAUCCACAAAGAACAGCGAUGAUUGUGACUGAUUUUCUCAAGGCAGGAAUUGUAUCAAGCCCUGCUGACCUAAGAUAUAGAGAAAACCUGCUUUUUUCUGUGAGGAUCAAAGAAGAUGUUGGAAAUGUAAGAGUAGGGAAGGCUUUACACGAAGUUAUUAAACCUUCCAAACUUGUUGAAUUAAAACAAGUGUUUCCUAAGGAGAAGUUUCUUUUAAGUCGCGGAGGUAAAUGCAUUGACAUGGUAUUGAAGCAAGAUGCUAGUGGUGAAGAUGCAUUGAGAGGGUGGCUAGUUGCUGCAUUUGCUGAACAAAAUGAGAGUUCCUCUCAUGAGCUUAGUGCUAGUGUCCUGCAAGAAGCCUACGGAAAAAUGAAUGGAGUCUUUCAUGUAUUUCUAAAAGAAUUGCAGAAUAAAGGGUGGCACACUGAUCGCUUUCUGGAUGGAACUGGGAGCCGGUUUGCAUUCUAGUUAGUGUUAAUAAACAGCGGCACUAUACACUGUUGUGUAGCAAAACUUGAACAAAUCAUUUUUUGUUUUUCUACAAUUGACAACACUAAUUGUGAAUUGAGUACAUUUUACACAUUAUUUGAGAAAUUUUGAUGUACUUUGAGUGGAGUUAAUCCAGUGGUUCAUAUUACUUUGUUAA